AUGAACGCACACAGCAAACCUGACCGCAACGACCCGUCUGAGCAGGACUUUGCUGUCUUAGAGGCUGUUGUCUGGACGAAGUUCGAUAAAUGGGUUCUCCCCAUGUGCGCCGCGUUUUACCUGGUUUCGUUCUUUGACUCGAACAACAUUGGAAAUGCACGUGUCGCCGGUAUGCAGACAGCGUUGAAGAUUACAAACUACCAAUACACUGUGGCCUUAACGCUCACUUUCGUCCCCUUCAUCGCUACGGAGUUACCUUCAAACCUGAUCUUGAAACGUGUCGGACCAGAUCGUAUGUUACCUGCAAUGGUCAUCAUGUGGGGCAUAGUUGCUGGAAUGCAAGGGCUCGUCACUAGUUACACUGGACUAGUGUUAUGUCGAUUGUUCCUGGGUUUGACACAAGGUGGUCUUUUUCCAGGACUCGUUCUUUAUCUUUCCUGCUUCUAUCCCAGAGAAAGAUUGCAGAUCAGGGUAACUACUCUCUUUGUUUCAGCUUCACUCACAGGGGCCUUCAGUGGCCUGCUAGCUGCUGCCAUAACGCAUAUGGACGGAGUAGGUGGGAAACCAGGUUGGGCUUGGAUAUUCUUUAUUGAGGGAUUGUUCACCUUCCUAUUUGGUGUCAUCUCAUUCUUCGUCCUACCUCGGUCUCCAGAGACUGCACGCUUUUUAUCUUCGGAGGAGAGACGUUACGUUAUCUCGAAACUCAAGAGCAGCAAGGCUAUCUCCGAAGAUGCCAGGGAGGAUGACUUCAGCUGGAUUGAAGUAUUAAGAGCGUUUAAAUCCCCGCAUGUUUUACUGCUUAGUAUUAUCCCCUUUUUCAAUGGUAUGUCACUGGUCGUCUUUUUCGAACCAACGAUCGUUGCUGGCCUGGGGUACACUGGCAAUCAGGCACAGCUUAUGAGUGUUCCCCCCUUCGUCCUUGCAUUCCUUGCCUCUAUGAUUUCUGCGUUCGUUUCCGAUCGGUAUGGCUGCCGUGGCCUUACAGUGAUAUUUUUCUCGUUCUGGUGCAUCAUCGGAUUCUCCAUGUUCUAUGCGACCACUUCCCAACACGUCCAAUAUGUUUCACUUUUCUUCUCUGUGACUGGUGCAUACGCUAUUUCUCCAGCUAGCGUGACUUGGAUUGUCAAUAACAGCACACCCCAUAUCCGGCGAGCAAGUAGCGUUGCCUUCGCCUCCGUUACAAGCACAUUAGGCGGUAUUCUUGCUAUCUGGUUGCUUGGCUCCUUGUCACCCGGCCCAAAUUACACGACAGCCACAAUCACGCUCAUUAUCAUGUCCAUUUGCAUAGUCGCGAUUUCAUCUCUAACCUUGUUUUAUCUUUCGCGACAGAACCGUAUGAAGGCGGAGACGAGGGUCUGUAUGGCGAAAGACGAUGAACCUGAACAUUUGGGAGAUCGCAGUGCAUGGUUCGUGUACACCAUGUAG